UGCAUGUGCUUGGCCUGAGACGAUUGAAGGAAUGAUGCGAAAGACUUGACGCAAGCCCAUCCCCCUGGCCUUCAAGAGUCAAGUGCAUUCGUUUUCAGGUUGAAGGACGCGUUGCGGAUUUCAAUCAUGCUCAUCAACGUCCAACCGGGGGGACUCGACUCCAUCAACUACGCCAAACUUGUCAACAGAUACAGGAAUGGGUACUCGCACUUGAAGUUGGCUGACUAGGAUUCAAUCACACCUUCACAACUUUUGGGGGCAGCGAAGCUCAUGCAAGUCUGAGUGGUGAGCUUGUUCUAAUCAUAAUGCUGCGUCUCAGGAGGCGAGAGAAUGGCCGGGGGUCCAAUGGGUCGGGAAGAAAAUGAGGAUACAUGAGCCAACAUGGUAUUGCGUGGAGGACGAAGAGGAUGAUAUUUGAUGCCGGGAGUUGCUGGGAUGCGAUUCUUCCAUGCAUGCACGGUAUGUGAAUUCAUUGCUUUCUCAAAGGCUACUACUGCCAUUUCGCUACGGGUAUGGUUCAAAGCGUGGUGUGACUUGACUGGUGAGGCGGUAUAGAGCCGGAUCAGAUGCAAGAGAACAUGUGCGCUGUGCCGGAUUGGGCCGAGCGCGUCUUUCAAGUGCCUCUCCUGGAAAAAUCAUCUCCUCUUUCAUUCCAGCAUCUCUCUACGCGCCUAUACUCCCUUGCCCCCGCCACCGCAUCCCCACAGCCCCGACAGCCGCAGCGCCGAACGACAAACUCUGAAGCCUAAAGCAGCACAGCGGUGCACGAGAUCAGCGGACCCUGCGGCGACAGCAGGUCACAACACGAGAUCCAAAGGGUCAACCACAUCCACAGCUUUUUGCAUCCCGUCUCUUCCACGACUUUACCAAUACUCUCAACCUCGCCCCUUCUACCAGGUCUUGACAGGAAGCAGUCAGGAUGGUCUCUGUCUCUGCGCUCUUUGUAGCCCUCUCCCUCGCCGGUUCGGCCUUCUCCCAGUCCUCUACAGCAUCGGACUUCACUAUCCAAACAUCCCCGGCCUCUGAAUCUGCCUCCGACUCGAAUACGUCCGGCGGCGCAGACUCCACGGCCCUCGCUUCGAUUACCAGCGCUCUCACCAACAACGCUUCCUCUUCUGCUUCUUCGACCGGCAGCGGUUCUAGUGCAGCCUCCAGCGCGAGCGCAGUGGCCGGAUUCCCGGAUAGCUGUGGGAGUCAGUGCAACAACAUCUCCACCAGCCUCUCUACAUGCGGCGUGGGAACUUCUCUGAACACUACCUGUCUCUGUACAGACUCGGUUGAGGCGGCGUACAAGGAUUGCUUGGAAUGUGCUCUGGGACUGUCGCCCGCCGAGACGACCCGGGCGUCAUACCAAGAGAUUCUCGAUACCUUCAUCUCCCAAUGCGCACUCGCGUCUACAUCCCCCGUGACGCUGCCUAGCGCUACCAUCACCUACCCCGCCUCGGUGAACACCUCCACCCUCGCACCUCUCACGACUUCCAACGGCUCCUCCGCCACUGCCAAUUCGUCCUCCACUUCUUCUUCUUCUUCAUCCAGCGGGUCGAGCUCGAGUUUGGCGGUCUCAACGACGUCUGGAGGGUCGGCAGCGACGAGUAGUGCGGCUACGAGCGCGGCGAGUUCGGGGAGCAGUUCGGGGGCGAGGAGGUCGUUGUUCCCUGAGGAAGGUCUCUUGGGUCUUGGGUUGGGGGUGGUGGGAUUGUUGGGAGGGUUGCUUCUUGUCUAGAAUGCUUAGAACAUCUACAGUACCCUCGUCUUCCCCAGAGGCCGUCCAUAUACCUCUCCGGCUCAUACACCCUGUACUCAUUUCUAUAAUCCACAAACUCUUUUCUGUUUCAAACACCCGCAUUUUCCUGUUAUUUUGCUCUUCUCUAGGCAUCCAUACCGCAAUAAUCCAUCUAGCUUGGUUCAUAAUGUACACAUGCAUAUUCUCGUUCUGCCCC